CCUCAACAAGCCCGACUCCACAACACGCAUGUCUGGUGUGCUGGUAAAGCUAACGCUGACCAGCACCUAGAAAUAGACUUGGGGCUCGUCACCAUGAUCAAGUCUAUCGCCAUACAAGGAAACCCAAAUGACGACGAGUUUGUUAAAACCUUUAGUCUGUCCUAUGCAGUUCUUGAAGGGCGUUGGUUGACAUAUCUUGAGAAUGGAGUCAAGCGAAUUGUAAGUAGAACUUUUGAUUAUUUGUCUGAUUUCCCAGGGAACUUCAAGAGUGGAGAGGUCACGAUCCAGACUUUACAGACGAUCACCGCUGCUCGUUAUGUCCGCAUAAACCCAGAAACUUGGUUUAGUCACGUGUGCAUCAGAACCGAAUUGUACGGCUGCGAAGCAAAGCCAACGCUUCCCCUGGGGAUGAUGAGUGGAGAAAUACCAGACAGCCUUGUUACAGCUUCUACAUCUUGGACUGGACUCCCUGGCUCAUAUGGCCGCUUACAUUGGACCAAAUAUGGUUCGAACCAAGUCUGGUCAGCUGGAACAUUAGACACGAAUCAGUGGUUGCAGAUUGAUCUGAGCAGAAUGGAGUUUGUCACUGCCAUUGCAACACAAGGGAGACAUGCUCAUAAUCAGAGGGUAACAAGCUAUUACCUGUCGUAUGGUAAUGAUACAGUCUUGUGGACUGAAUACCUGGAAGGAGGUGUUAGGAAGGUUUUUACUGGAAAUUCAGAUGGCGAAACUGUAGUCCGUCACGUCCUACCGACUGUCAUGUAUGUACGCUUUGUCAGAUUUAACCCCGUCACCUGGAAUGAACACAUAGCAAUGAGGGUAGAAGUAUACACGUAUGGUCGAGCCUCUCCUGCAGAUCUUGGUAUAGAAGAUAAAGAAAUACCCAAUAACCAGAUAACAGCUUCGUCUUUCUAUGGUUCAGGUUUUGAACCAUAUAAAGGAAGAUUGAAUUUAGGCGCUAACUCUUGGUGUCCUAAAACAAAAAGUGGAAACCACUGGCUAAUGUUUGACUUUGGUCACGUAAUGCUCGUUACGAGCAUAGUCACGCAAGGAAGGGGAAAUGAUGUACCCUUUUGGGUGACGGGAUACCAGGUGUCAUACAGCCUCGACAACAUUAAUUUUAUAUUUUAUAAAGACAAUGCUGCUUCGCAGGUUAAGACUUUUCAAGGAAAUACCAAUGAUGUCGGAUAUGUUACAAGGACAUUGGACAGGGAUAUCGAAGCACGAUGGAUAAGAAUUUAUCCAAAGACUUGGAUUCCAUCCGAUAAUUUUGUUUAUAGUUCUGAGGUGUGCACCAACCAUCGAUAUCUUGACGAUGAUUCUCGUUUAUCAACCAAAUUAACAUUAAACCUCAUUCAAGAUGAUACCAACUUGACUGAGAAUGAUUGGUACGUGUUCCGCGGUACAAGAGGCUAUUAUCGUAUUCCAAACAAGUGUCUACCACAAAACCGUUGCGGUGCUACAGCUACAGGAUACGUGGAGGGUAACUUUCCAACUCUUGCUGACGUACGUACAUUUAUGUGCGCAACUGUUACUCCUUCUAUGUCUACAACCUUAAGAAACUCGCCUUGUCCUGGUCAGCGAGAUAUUGCGUCCAACACUAUCGCAACGAGAACCCCAGCAGGAUGUUUCAAGAAAACCCACAGCCACUCGUUCUCUGUAACCACGUCUUCCAACGCCUCUACCAAGUGUCAGAUAGUCUGA